AUUUCCUUCUUUUUGCCUCGUUGCAGUUUUUGAGCGUAUUCUUUUUUUCAUUCGUUCAUACUUUCGUUACCCACACGUUUAUUUACUUUCAACCACAUUCGUUUCCGAGCUUGCUAGUUAACCAUUUUCAACCGCCAAAAUGCAAUUCAUCAACCUCCCAACCGCUCUUCUCCUUCUUGCCUCCGCUUUGUCUGUGACUGCUGCUCCCAUUCAGUAUGUCUUUGUAUCCUAUCUCAUUGAUCCUUCCCACAACUAACUUUCAACUAGAAAUGAGGUAGCCCUCGAAGCUCGCGAUCCCUUAGGCGUAAACGUGAUCAAGAACUCGAUUUCCACCACAAUUUUCAAGCCCAAGGAAAAGUUGCACGCCCGAGACGAGCUUGAAGCACGCGUGUGGCCUAAAAUUCUAGGACCUUCGUCUCCAAAGUCGCCAAAGUCCCCUAAAUCUCCAGUUCCCGGUAGUCCAAGGUGGCACAAGCGAACCCUUACGUCGGAGUAUUUCGCUAAAGAUCCAAAUGAGGUGGAGCAAAACACGGAUGCAGAUGGCUGGAUAUCUUAGGAUGGACUAGUCAACAUUGAUGUUGAUGGGGAUAUGGCGCAGUAGGCCUUCACGCGUUUGCACCAUUUCUUUUCGAUUUACUUUCUUGUCUUUCUGUUUAGGAAAAUGUAGUUGUAUGUGGAGGAAGGAAAUAAGCAAAGAGGAAUGUGGUUGGAAGCGGCUCGGUGCCUGAGACGGACCAGUCACUGUUUUUGUAUUACAUGAGAUAGAAAAGUAAAUACCCGCCCG